AUGGACAUGGACUCGUUCGUAUACACCGCCAGCCCGGCGCGGGUCAUCUUCGGCAGCGGCACCGUCGCCAAGCUGCCCGAGGAGCUCGCCCGGCUGGGCCUCUCGCGGCCCCUGCUGCUCUCCACGCCGUACCAGACGGCGCAGGCCGACGAGCUGGAGCGCAUCCUCCUCGCGGACGACGCGGGGCGCGGCAUCGCGCCGGCGGGCCUCUUCGCCGAGGCGACGAUGCACACGCCCGUCGCCGUGACGGAGCGCGCCGUCGAGGCAGCCCGCGCCGCGGGCGCGGACUGCCUCGUCUCCGUCGGCGGCGGCAGCACCAUCGGCCUCGGCAAGGCCGUCAGCGUGCGCACGGGGCUCUACCACGUCGCCGUGCCGACGACCUACGCCGGCAGCGAGGUGACGCCCAUCCUGGGCGAGACGGCCGACGGGCGCAAGGUCACGCGGUCGGCGCCCGAGAUCCGGCCCGGCACCGUCAUCUACGACGUCGACCUGACGCUGACCCUGCCCGCCGGGCUGACGGCGACGAGCGGCGUCAACGCCGUCGCGCACGCCGUCGAGGCGCUGUACGCGCAGAACGGCAACCCCGUCGUCGGCCUGCUGGCGCAGGAAGGGGUCCGUGCGCUGUCCUCGAGCCUGCCCGGCCUCGCCGCAGACCCGGCCUCGCGGCCGCUGCGGGCGGCGGCGCUGUACGGCGCCUGGCUGUGCGGCACGUGCCUCGGCAGCGUGGGCAUGUCGCUGCACCACAAGCUCUGCCACACGCUGGGCGGCAGCUUCGGCCUGCCGCACGCCGAGACGCACACCAUCGUGCUGCCGCACGCGCUGGCGUACAACCUGCCCCGAAUCCCUGCCGCGGCGCAGAAGCUGGCCGAGGCGCUGCCCGGCAGCGAGGGGGACGCCAUCCGCGGGCUGAACCUGCUGCUGGACAGGCUGGGCGUGGAGCGCAGCCUGGCGGCGUUCGGGAUGAAGGAGGCCGACAUCGACCGGGCCGCCGAGCUGGCUGCCGGGAACCCGUACUGGAACCCGCGCGAGGUGGAGCAGAAGCUGAUCCGGGAGGUGAUCCGGAGGGCGUGGGCUGGGGAGCCUGCGAGGGCGGACCUGUGA